AUGGCGACCACUACCACGACGACGACCAACGAGGCCAUCACGGCCGAGUCCAUCCUGCGCCUCUUCCCUGACAUCGACACCAGCACCGAGGCCCUCUCUGGCCACGACGCCGAGCAGAUCCGCCUCAUGGACGAGGUCUGCAUCGUGCUGGACGAGAACGACAAGCCCAUUGGCAACGCCAGCAAGAAGGCCUGCCACCUCAUGACCAACAUCGACAAGGGCCUCCUCCACCGCGCCUUCUCCGUCUUCCUCUUCGACCCGGCCGACAACCGCCUGCUCCUGCAGCAGCGCGCCUCGGAGAAGAUCACCUUCCCCGACAUGUGGACCAACACGUGCUGCUCCCACCCGCUGGGCAUCCCCGGCGAAACGGGCUCGAACCUCGAGGACUCAGUCGCGGGCGUGAAGCGCGCGGCGCAGAGGAAGCUGGAGCACGAGCUGGGCAUCAACCCCGGCCAGGUCCCUUUGAGGAUUUCCACUUCCUCACGAGGAUCCAUUACAAGGCCCCGAGCGACGGCAAGUGGGGAGAGCACGAGAAACACAGUCGACUACAUCCUCUUCAUCAAGGCCAAGGUCGACCUCGACAUCAACAAGAACGAGGUCCAGGCGACGCAGUACGUCAGCGCCGACGAGCUCAAGAAGCUCUUCCAGGACCCCACCCUCAAGUUCACCCCCUGGUUCAAGCUCAUCUGCGAGUCCAUGCUCUUUGAGUGGUGGCAGAGCCUCGACAACGGUCUUGAGAAGUACACCAACGAGCAGGAGAUCCGCCGCAUGUGA